GCAACCUGCAAAGACGCUGUGGUACGACCGCCCGCGGUACGUCUACCUGGAGUUCUGUGUCGAGGACAGCACAGAUGUUAAGGUUGUCAUUGAGGACCAGCGGCUGGGGUUCAGUUGCAAAAAUGCAGACGGCGUGGAGUUCUACAACGAGAUCAACCUAUAUGCCAGGGUGAACUCCAAGGACUCACAGGAGAAGCGCUCUGACCGCUCCAUUACAUGCUUUAUGAGGAAGUGGAAGGAGAAAGUGGCCUGGCCCCGCAUCACCAAGGAGAACAUCAAGCCGGCCUGGCUCUCUGUGGACUUUGACAACUGGCGAGACUGGGAAGGGGACGAGGAGGUGGAGAGGGCCAUGGUGGAGCAGUAUGCAGAGCUGCUGGAG